GUUCACGACUCUGAUACUCCAUUUGUAAAGCAGCCAUGGAGCAGGCCCGGGGGAAGAAGCAUGUUCGGCCGGCAAGCAGAUUCUAAGAAGACUAAUGCACCAGCUUUUUCUAUGGGAGGCAGCCGUGAGAAUCGUGAAAAGUUGUUCCUGUCCCAAACACAUGUCGAGAUCGACCGCAAAUGUCGCGAGGGACCAGGGCACAUAUAUAACUUGCCUGGGGCGAUGGAUCGACAGGCAGAAGCUCGCAAGGAAACCGCCGCUGCUUAUUCUUUCUCGCAAACGCCCCGAUUGAAGGCGACCCCUAGCACGACACCCGGACCUGGUGUGUACCAGCCGGUCAUUACCGCUAUGGGCGACCAAACCACCUCACCAAACCGGAGCCCCACGCGAAUACGAUUCGGAUCCAGCACACGUGAUCAGGCGCAGAAACUCUUUCUGUCCAGUCGUCAUGUAGAGCAGCAACGCGGCACCAUGGGGUCACCCCCCGGCUCAUAUCAAGUGCCUGGGGCCUUGGGACAUCAAGUGACAAGCUCAAAAGCCAACUCGCCAUCCUUCUCCCUGCCUCGGACAGAUCGGCUAAAGGACCGGUACGAAGCUUUAUCGAAAACGAUGCCAGCGACUGGGCAGUACGAGACAUGGAACAGCAUCGGCAAGCAGACUUUGUCACUCUCGCGGACAAUGCCGGCGUAUGGCUUUGGGAGUAGCGACCGCGAUAAGGAGUCGGCGCGGUUCGUUACGUCGCAACACGCAAAUGUGCUCCGGGGGAGCUUCUCCCCGAAUAACUACGAUCGGCAGCAGCCCAAUACCUUGACAAGCUUUGGGAAACAGAGCCUCAGUGUACGGACGAAUCUACCUGCGUACGGCUUUGGAUCCCAACCUCGUAUGGUGUUCAAGACGAGCCAAACUCCGGGACCGGGUGCCUACGAGAACUAAGUAAUAGUGAAUGAACCGCUCCAACUUGCAUGUCGCGAUGAAUUUGGAACUAUGCAGGGUUGUCGCAUUGUCGUGUCAAUGUGUCGUUGGUGGCAGCGCUGGAUACUGCUUAGUGCUAACAGCAACUGUGGUGUAUGUUUUCGCAGCGCGUUUAACAGCGUCGUGGUUGAGGACCAUGUUAAUCCUGGCUAGCGCAGGUGUCAAUGUUUGUUGAUUAUCCUAGGCGCAGGUUAUGUUACUGAUAGGCACGUUAUGCUUUCGAGGAAGUCGUAACUUGGCAUGGCUGUCCUGAAUGUGUGGCGUGGCUAUGUCCUGGUGCAUGGUUGGGCAGAGGUCACAGUGCCAGUAAAAGAAAACUGAUAGCAGGUGUGGGCUGACCUUAUAUGCUGGGAUGUCGUUUACUUAUCCUUCGCUUUGACGCCGGCACAGUGCUGUAUGCAUGAAAACACGCGUACUCCUAUAGCUGUGAAAGUACGUUUGUUUUAGACACAUUUUUAGUGUGUGGGUAGAUGAGUUCCUCUUCGUUCGACGGUUCAGGUCGUUAUGGUUCUAGGGGCCCUGGAUCAGGCGGUCUCUAUGAACCUUUUUCGCUGCUGGCCAAGGGUAAUGGUAUCGCUAGGAUAAAAUGUUUUUGUGAAAUGAUGGGCAAUGGUGUUGCCCUUGGAUUCCUGCUCUACAGGACGUUUGAAGUACGGCACAUUGUCGUGUCCUGCCCCUGGUGCCGUUUUCUUUCAUGUCAAUAUGGUUGACUUACCUUACUGUUCUGUAACUUGUAUCUGGGAUUU